AUGUCAGGAUUUGUUAUUUAUUUGUUAGUAAGAUUUAGAAGGAGAGAAGUCUUGACACUUACCGCCCCAAGGCACUCACCCGCCCAAGGCACUCACCCGCCCAAGGCACUCACCCGCCAAGGCACUGCCCCAGGCACUCACCCGCCCCAAGACACUCACACCCCCAAGGCACUCACCCCGUCAAGGCACUCACCCGCCCAAGGCACUCACCCGCCCAAGGCGCUCACCCGCCCCAAGGCACUCCACCCGCCCCAAGGCACUCACCCGCCCAAGGCACUCACCCGCCCCAAGGCCUCUCACCCGCCCAAGGGCUCACCCGCCCCAAGGCCUCACCGCCCCAAGGCGCUCACCCGCCCAAGGCACUCCACCUUAAGGCACUCACCCGCCCCGGGCACUCACGCCCAAGGCACUCCACCCGCCCCAAGGCACUCCCACCCGCCCAGGUACUCACCGCCCCAAGGCACUCACCCACGCCCAGGCACUCCACCCGCCCCAAGGCACUCACCCGUCAGGCACUCACCCGCCCAGAGCCUCACCCGCCCAAGGCACUCACCCGUCAAGGCACUCACCCGUCAAGGCACUCACCCCGUCCAAGGCACUCACCCGCCCAAGGCACUCACCCGCCCCAAGGCGCUCACCCGCUACAAGGCACUCACCCCGUCAAGGCACUCCACCCGCCCCAAGGCACUCACCGCCAAGGCACUCCACCCGCCCAAGGCACUCCACACCCGCCCAAGGCGCUCACCCGCCCCAAGGCCUCCACCCGUCCAAGGCACUCACCCACGCCCCAAGACACUCACCCGCCCAAGGCACUCCCACCCGCCCAAGGCACUCACCCGCCCCAGGCACUCUCACCCGCCCCAAGGCACUCACCCGCCAAAGGCACUCCACCCGCCCAAGGCACUCACCCGCCAAAGGCACUCCCGCCCAGGCACUCACCCGCCAAGGCACUCACCCACCCCAGGCACUCACCCCGCCCCAAGGCACUCCACCCGCCCCAAGGCACUCACCCGCCCCAAGGCACUCACCCGCCCCAAGGCACUCACCCGCCCCAAGGCACUCACCCGUCAAGACACUCACACCCGAGGCACUCAGCCCCCGCAGCCCCGCCUUGCUUAG